UCCUCUCCUCGACCGUGCGUCAUAACGUCACCAGCCCGCAUCUGCGCUGUGUGACGUAGUAAGAGAUGACGUAGUGAAAAGAAUAAAGCGCCGGUUACCAGGAGGAAGAGGGCGACCGUCCUGCACGAGGACAGGUGAAUCACCAUGACGACAGAGCCAGGUGAAGAACAGCCCACGGAGGCGGAGUCUUUCCCUGGAGCCUCCACCCACUCCACACCGAAAAAGGGAGGGGAGGGUGGGACGUCCCAGAGCCAAGCUCAAAGCUCAUUGGAGGACUCCACCAGUCACCUGUCAACAAACAGUCGGAUUCGCUCUCCGGCCAGAAACCCACUGAGCUUUAGGAUCAUGCAGACCAGAGUGACCCUGCUGGACGGGUCCCUGUUUACCUGCACCAUCGAGAAACGAGCUCGUGGUCUCCAACUUUUUGAGAAAGUUUGUGAACACAUGAACCUGCUGGAGAGAGACUACUUCGCUUUGUCCUUUAGAGACGCAGACAACAACAAGAACUGGUUGGAUCCAGCGAAGGAGAUGAAGAAACAGGUCAGAGGGGUUCCUUGGAACUUCUCCUUCAAUGUGAAGUUCUACCCUCCUGACCCCACCCAGCUGUCGGAGGACAUCACCAGGUACUUCCUGUGUCUCCAGCUCAGGCAGGACAUAGUUUCGGGUCGUCUUCCUUGUUCAUUUGCAACUCAUACAGUCCUUGGAUCCUACACCGUCCAGUCGGAGCUCGGAGACUAUGACUCAGAUGAGUGUGGAUCAGACUACAUCAGUGAAUUGAGUUUCGCGCCAAAUCAAACUAAAGAGAUGGAGGAGAAGAUCGUGGAGCUGCAUAAAACCUGCAGGGGAAUGACUCCAGCUGAAGCUGAGAUGCACUUCCUGGAAAACGUCAAGAAACUCUCCAUGUACGGUGUUGACCUCCAUCACGCAAAGAUGGUAGGAAGCCGCUUUGAUUGCUUGUCUUCAGCUAAGUCGGAGGACUCGGAAGGCGUUGACAUCAUGCUGGGCGUGUGCAGCAGCGGCCUGCUGGUCUACAGAGACAGACUGAGGAUCAACAGAUUCUCAUGGCCAAAGAUCUUGAAGAUUUCGUACAAAAGGAAUAACUUCUAUAUCAAGAUCCGACCAGGAGAGUUUGACCAGUUUGAGUCUAUCAUUGGUUUUAAGCUGCUGAACCACCGAGCAGCUAAGAGGCUGUGGAAGGUCUGUGUGGAGCAUCACUCGUUCUUCAGACUGGUGUCUCCAGAAGAACCCCCUAAGAAGUUUCUGUCUCUGGGUUCAAAGUUUCGGUACAGCGGUCGGACUCAGAUCCAGAGUCGUAGAGCCAGCUCUCAGAUUUCUAGACCUGCGCCAAAUUUCCCACGAUGCAUCAGCAAAAGGAACAUACUGAGCCGCAGUCUAGAUGGAGCUCCAAGGGACGCGACCACCUCCCCUCUGAUUGGUUCUCCAGCCGUCACAGUAUCCCCCAAAGCCAACAGUGGCUCACACACAGAUAUGGGCUUGGGUCUAUAUGGAGUGACUAAAACCGUCAGUGACCUCAUCGCCACGGUAACGCCUGAGAGGAGGACUGAGGAGAAGAGGGAGGAGCCGGGUAAGAAACAACCAAUUAGAGAGGAGGAGCUGGUGGUGGAGGUGGAGGAGGAGGAGCAGGAGGAGGAGGAGGAGGAGAACCAGAACCAAGAGGAAGAUGAAGAGCAAGAAACCAAAGCACCAGCAAUGUCUCCGCCGAGUCCUCCAACGCCUCCGAAACAGGACACCAAGACCGACCUGACGGACACAGCUGUGGACGGAGACCUGCUGUCCACUGAGUCUGAUCAGGAUGAAGAUUUGAAAACUCAGGAGACGUUAGGGAGUCCUGAGGAGGUGCAGAAGCCUCAGAGCACUAUCAGCGCUCUCAGACGCUCCUUCUUGGAGGGAGAAGAAGGAGGAGGAGGAGGAGGAGCGAUGACAGAGUGGGAGAAGCGCCUGGCGUCCUCACCUCUCCGACGUCUUGAAGACUCCCCGAUGAUCGAACCACUGGAGCUUGAUGAGCCUAAACCCACUUUUGAUGAAAUGUCUCCAGAGCUCACGGCUCUACUGAAGUCGGCCCAAGAACACAACCUACUGAAGACUCCAGAGAAGGCGGAGUCUCUCUACCUGCUGACAGAGUCGUGUGACCAGGACCAGCCAAUAGUGGAACAACCUCAGGUAGCUACAGGGAGUCUUGUGGGCCCACCUCCAACUAACCCCCCACCUCCACCACCAGGGGUGAGCAUGGCACACGCUGAUGAUGUCACAGAGCAAUGGGCCACUUAUGAUGACGCUAACCAAGCUAAUAGUACAACAGGUAAACAUGAGGUCAGUGAUGAUGAGCCCAGCGGACAGGCUAGUGAUGUCAGUGAUGCUAGCGAUGCUAGCGAGGCUAGUGAGGAUGCUAUCAGUGUGCUAGCACAGGCAGCAGUGGAGGAGGCCAUGGAGGCUGCCGUCAGACACGCUAAUGAUCCUAACCCUGAUAGCAUUACAGAUGACUUUGCAGUUAGGGUUGUUAGCCAGGACCAAGCGAGCACAGACCACAACUCCAGAUCGAGUCUGGGCUCUCGACCCGCUGGGACAUCCCGUUACCAUAACAACGAGGACUCAGACAGCUCCACGGAUGAGGAUGAAGAAGGUUGGAGGUUUGAAAGAAACUCUCCUACCACCUCGUUAGCCCGCCCCACAUCCAGGCAAUCAACCAAUUGGAAACAACCAUCCAACCACAGCGAUGACGAAGACGAGAUGUUCAGACCUCUGCGUGAGAGCCAGUUGGACUCAGAUGCUCCUGCAGGUCUGUUGUUGACAUCUCAGACCUCCAGCACCACGCAUGUCACCAAGACGGCGAAAGGUGGAAUUUCAGAAACACGAAUCGAGAAAAGAAUCGUGAUUUCAGGAGACACCGAAGUCGACUAUGAUCAGGACUGAGUCCUGUGGCCUCUGCUGCAUUAUGGGAGUUGUAGUCCAGACUACAGAGCCAACAAAGACACUGAAAACAAAGAUUUACAAGCACACACACACACACACACACUCAUGCAUGUAUUUUUGCACAAGCACACACACAGCAGCACCUGUCUGUCUGACCAUGGGCGGAGCUUCUGAGCAGUUAGCAUUAGCUCAAUAGAUUGAGUAGAUUUAGAUGGAAGAUCUGUGGUGGCAUCUUCAAAGUCCAAAAUGGCAAAAGGCAGACGAGUGAGAGACAGACAGGUGAGACAGACAGGUGAGAGACCAGUUGUUGCUGUGAUGCCACCUCACUCUCCCAGAGAUCACCAUAAUCUGAAUGAAACAUCAAUUAGAAUUACAUGUGAAAGAAGAAAGAACAAAGGUCCUCCGGCUCCUUCCUGUCUCACCUGGUGAAGAACUGUGUCCUGACUCAAAUGUAAACAAGCAUGAUUUCUAUCACUGUAUAGCAGCUCUGUAUUUACCCAUAAUGCAAUAGUAAUGUGCCAUUCUUCCAUCUUCACAUAUAUGAUUUGACAUUUCUGUAUUUAUUAAUGUCUGUGUCUAUUUAUUUAUCAGUAUCAACAGUAUGGACUGUUAGUGACCCUAGGCAUGACCCCUCCCCCUGGUGUUACAGGAUGACUGCUCCCCUCCCCCUGGUUUCCAGUUACAGAAUGACCCCUCCCCCUGGUGUUACAGGAUGAUCCCUCCCCUCCCCCUGGUGGCUGGUUACAUGAUGACCCCUCCCACCAGUGUUACAGAAUGACCCCUCCCUCUGGUGUUACAGGAUGACCCCUCCCUCUGGUGUCCAGUUACAGAAUGACCCCUCCCCCUGGUGUCCAGUUACAGGAUGACCCCUCCCUCUAGUGUCCAGUUACAGAAUGACCCUUCCCUCUGGUGUUAUAGGGUGACUCCUCCCUAUGGAGUCCAGUUACAGAAUAACCCCACCCUCUGGAGUCCAGUUACAGAUGGACCCCUCCCCCUGGUCAUUCAGGAUGACUCCUCCCCUCCCUCUGGAGUCCAGUUACAGAACGACCCCUCCCCUGGUGUUACAGGAUGACUCCUCCCCUCCCCCUGGAGUCCAGUUAUAGAAUGACCCCUCCCCCUGGUGUUACAGGAUGACCCCUCCCCUCCCCCUGGAGUCCAGUUACAGAAUGACCCCUCCCCCUGCUGUUACAGGGUGACCCCUCCCCCUGGUGUUACAGAAUGACCCCUCCCCUGGUGUUACAGGAUGACUCCUCCCCUGGUGUCCAGUUACAGAAUGACCCCUCCCCUGGUGUUACAGGAUGACUCCUCCCCUCCCCCUGGAGUCCAGUUAUAGAAUGACCCCUCCCCCUGGUGUUACAGGAUGACCCCUCCCCUCCCCCUGGAGUCCAGUUACAGAAUGACCCCUCCCCCUGCUGUUACAGGGUGACCCCUCCCCCUGGUGUUACAGAAUGACCCCUCCCCUGGUGUUACAGGAUGACCCCUCCCCUCCACCUGGAGUCCAGUUACAGAAUGACCCAUCCCCCUGGUGUUACAGGGUGACCCCUCCCCUCCCCCUGGUGUCCAGUUACAGGAUGACCCCUCCCCUCCCCCUGGUUUAUUAGUUACAGGAUGACCCCUCCCCCUGGUGUUACAGGAUGACCCCUCCCCCUGUGUGACCUCUGACUGCACAUUUAAUGUAAUUUAAAGAUAAAUUGAGAAAAGGCAUCUUUAUUCAGUAGAAUAAAUAAAUUCAAGAAAGAAAACAACCAGACGUUCUGUCUUCUGUGAUUUAAUGGCUGGUUCGUUGAGACGUAGCUUUGUUCAUGUUUACAGACUGAAAAUCUAUGAAUGCACAUUAAUUAAUGUUAAGAUCAUUUGUUCGUUUGGAUUUGGGUCAGAUCUAAUUAAAAAAAAAAAAAUCACACAAUAAUCAGCUGGU